AUGAAUCUCUCACCACUGAUGGGUUUUUUGAAUCCCGACAAUGUGAAUCGUAUGGCGGACCUUGCCGUGCAGUUGUCCACUCUUGCUGCGCGUUCGAUGGCCAAGAACGAGAAGGACGUCGCAGAGACUGUUGAAGAACCACGAGAGAUUUCGUUAGGAGCGCCUCCAUCGCAGAUACUUGGGCAAGCUGUGUCCGAUGUCACGACACAGUCGCGACUUUCCUUGUUGAAGGCGUUUGCUCCGUUGGAGCAGGGCAAUUUGCCAUCGACGCCGCCGUCAACGACGACUACAGAGGCUCCAAAACUCUUUCCAGAUUUUGGAGGGGGAUUCGGAAUGCCUAGAGGCGACAAUCCGCUAGCUAUAAAGCCCAUCAAUUCAAUGCGAAGUGAGCCGAAAUUUGAUCUCUUCUCACCCGAUGUGCGUCACUUCCCCGCGACUCAAAGUGGUGUACCCACACAUGCAGAAAAGACCGCAGUAGUGUUCCCGUCCAGCGACCUUAAGUCUGUUGGAGACACCGUCGAACUACCUCGGCCUGUCAUAUCCAAGCCAUAUAGUGCUCUCGACCAGAAUCCUUUUGUCAGGCUGGCUUCCACAUUCCUUGGAGGUGGUACUAGGCAAGGAGAUUCACUUGGAAGUGGCAACAGCAUCUCUUCUCCAAGCGCGAACCCAGAGCCGCUGGAUUUCGGCGGCAUUCGCGAUUUCUUACCAGGUGCUAACAAUAACUUUGGAUUAAAAAAAGGUCCAGGAUGUUUGCCAUUCCUCUCCGAAUUCAUGCAAGCAGCUUAUGGUGAUUGUCAAAAAGUGGCUGACGAGAAGGCAUUCGAUGCUUGGGGAGACGAGUUGAAGAGUGCCAUUUUGACAGGUCAAAUCGAUCUUCUUAAAGCAAGCCAAGAAACCUGUAAACGAGGAGCAGAACGACAGCAAUGUGGUGCUCUAAGAAAAGCAAUCUCAAAUUGCGACAUUCUCGAAUCGUUGCAAAUAGGAGCUCAACUGCAACGAGCAAUGAAACGCUGCGAAGAAGUUUCUGGCUUAGUCGAUCAGGAGAACGAAAAUAAAGAUGAUUACAAUAGUGUUGACAAGGAGACUAACAAAAAUGAAUCUGGAAAUGGUUAUUUCCGCCUUUUUUCCGACUCUUCAGCUGUCUUAACGGCUUCGUAUAGGAAUGUUCUUCUUCCUCUUCGUAUCGCCCCAACGACAACUACUUCCACUACUACUGCAUUGACACAAAAUCUGGUAACAGUCAACAGCACAGCCUCGUCAAACACAACUGCCCUCAAUCAGCAUGUUGGCCUACGAGAAACCAUUGCCACUGAACUUGGCCACUUGCGUGAUAACUACCAAGUCAUGCGAAAGGACUUCGACGUUUGGAUGAGUACGCCAUAUCAUCGAAAUGUGGUGAUUCCGUCAAUGAUUGGGGUGCUUUCUGCUAUCGUAGCUGUUGCCAUCUAUCAAAUAGUCAAAGCUGCUAUCCGAAGUUGUGCACGAAGAUUUCGUCGAUAUCGUCUAUCCCGCCUCACCUGCGAAAUCGACGGCGAUAAGAAGCGCAUGUUGCCAAAGCGCGGAGACAGCGAUGACGAAGAAGACAUAUGACUACCUAGGGCCACGAAAAGAGUGGCCAAAAAAUACAAAUUGUGAUAAGAAAUCAAAAGAUUAAUUUUACAGAGUUUUAAUAAAAGAUCAUUU